AUGUGGAGAGUCAGUAGCCUCCCAGCUAGACGGACAAAUCAGCCUGCUAUUCGGGGACCUCUCUCGAAAUUCCCUGGUAAAAACUCUGAGAAAGACAUAUCCAACAUUUUGCUGCUUUUAAAGACUGGAUCCAAUAUCGGGCAUGGGCAUCAAAAUUCUGCACGAACAGCAAGUAACAAACUACUGGGAAACGUCAAGCUGCAAUCAAUUUUGAGUCCUGAAGUGGAGCAGCUGCAGAGAAGCAGCCCGUUUCUUGGAUGGGAGAUGUAUAAGGACUUUUAUAGUUUAAAUGACUAUAAUGAAUAUGUACCUGUGGCAGAUGACUUCAAAGAACUUGUUCAACAGGUAGAGGAAGCUGUCAGCUCUCCUGCUGAUAGGGGAGGAACAGGAAUUGCAGACCACAUGGGAUCAAAUAGUUAUCUUUGGGCCAGGUAUCCCAGAAGAAAACGGGAGUCUCUGGGUUUGGCAGGAAUGUGUUGCAAAUGGGGCUGUACAAAAGCUGAAAUUAGUACUAUAUGCAGAGUUUAAAAUCUUCUCUGCACUUAUGCAUGAAAUCAGUGUUUGUUGCAGUGCUACUUGGCUGAAUACUGCAUGGAAGAAGAAAACUCACCAUAUUUUAUUUUGUCUGUAGCUGCCAGUAAACACUACUAAUUUUCUUUAAAAAAAAAAAAAAAAAUCCACAGGUGUAAUUGUAAUGACUUUGUUUUGCUUCAGUAACUUUUGAUCUAUAUUUUUUACUAAGUCUUUUCAGUGUCAAGCCUUUACACUUAGAUCACAAAUGUACUGUAUCUUUCUAACAGUUUAAAAAGAACUUCAAUGUUUCAUUAAA